AACCCUUAAGACUACUGUCUACCUCGUGAUUUACUUCUAGUUCUAGGCUUCUAGCUACCUCGCUCCAGACAUCUCUCGCCAUCACAGUCGCCCUCUUCAGGACUCCUAGUUAAGCUUAGCCAUGUCGUCUAGGGUGCUGGAGCCUCUCGUCAUGGGCAAGGUGAUCGGCGAGGUCAUCGACAACUUCAACCCCACGGUGAAGAUGACGGUGACCUACAGCUCCAACAAGAAGGUGUUCAACGGGCAUGAGUUCUUCCCCUCAGAGGUCGUGUCCAAGCCUCGUGUUGAGGUCGGCGACGACAUGAGGUCCUUCUUCACACUGGUCAUGACUGACCCGGAUGUGCCAGGGCCUAGUGAUCCAUACCUGAGGGAGCAUCUCCACUGGAUCGUCACUGAUAUUCCUGGAACAACUGAUGCUUCUUUUGGAAGGGAGUUGGUGGUGUACGAGAGCCCCAAGCCCUACAUCGGCAUCCACAGGUUCGUCUUCGUGCUGUUCAAGCAGAAGAGCCGCCAGGGGGUGCGCGCGCCCUCCUCCAGGGACUACUUCAGCACCCGCCGCUUCGCCGCCGACAACGACCUCGGCCUCCCCGUCGCCGCCGUCUACUUCAACGCGCAGCGGGAGACCGCCGCGCGCCGCCGCUGAUCGGCCGGCCGCCGCGGCAACCGCGCGCACCACGCCAGGCAACAAAACCCUACGUACUGAGAUAACAUCUUCUUGCAUGCCUGGUGGCGCGCAUGCAAGGCUUACUAUCGAUCAAAUCUAUCGUCAACCUAGCUACUACUCCUACUGAGUACUACUUAUUAGCCUAUCUCUGGUCAUCAAAUAACAUAGCUCGCCUCGCACUGAGCUCGCUCCUUGCAGAGACUGUUCAUCAGCUCUUCAGUAGUUAAGUUCAGUAGCGCGGAUCGAUCAGUGUGCGUUGUGUGAUGUGUAGUACUGUAGUACGUACUUGUGGCAGUACUGGUGUGAUCAGUUCAGCUCAUCAGCUCCUACAGGAGAUCGAGGUCAAGGGAUGGGCCGGGCAUCCGAGCUGUUGUUUGAGAGCUGAAGGCCUCCGAAGACGUGUCGAGUGUUAAGCGAGGAAAGGGCCGUGGCCAUGGGUCUAGCUGCUAGCCUCUGCUCUGAUGCUCUCCACCGGCUACCUGUUAUGCUUGUGUGUGGGAUGCUAGCUAGCUGUAGCUGCAGCUCAACUUGCAACAGACAGUGCUUUUGUACUUGCUCCUGAUCCUUCUCUUGCUAGCUUGCUUUAACCUGUAAGUGGCGAUUGCUAUCGUCUUUGCUGUGACAAGACAGCAUAUAUAUUUGUGUGCUUUUGAACGA